UGCCUUCCCAACUCCACUGCCACUUGAUGCAAACGUACUUGUUUUAUCCUCGUAUGGGUCUUUGAACAUUUCCAGGUGGGAAGUCAGGACUGAACAAACAAACGAAAUUACGUGGCACCCAAAAAUAGCAGGCGCUAGAAGGCGUGAAGCUAAGGCAAACAGAACAGAAACAGGGACAGCGUUUGUACAUAAGAGUGGCAACUUGUUGGAUCAAUCGCACAAAUCCAUGAGAACUUCCACCAUGAUCUCGUUAUGCUACUCAUCAACGUUCAAAGCUUUCCCAUCAUCGCUUUAUUCUCUCACCUCCGAUUUCUUCCCUCUCCAACCCAAAUCCCGCAACUUCGUUUCCCUCAAGGAAUCAUCAUUUCCCGGGAAUUCAAUCUCCACCAAGCGACGAAGUCUCUGCGUGGUUUCCGGCUCCAAAUCGGACAAUGGGUUCCAGGAAUCUUCCUUUCAGGGAGCUGAAUCAUUCUUUAGGAGCGUGCUGGCAAGUAUGGAAACGGUGUACUUAAACAGGAACCCCACAGCGAAAGCAAUCUUGGAGCUUGUUCAGUCUGUGGACGGUGAACAAAUUUGCUAUGAUCAUCUUGCAUUUAGGACAUUUGGGGUGAACGGUUAUGGUAUUGACUCGAUGGCUAAAUUUUUCCUUGAUUUUGGCUAUACACCACGGGAGGAGUUGAGGUUUCCUGCUAAGAAAUUGAAAGCAUUGUGGUUUUCUCCUCCUAGUGUUUCCCUUCUUGAUGAUGGUAGCGGUGUCAAUGGGCCUUUGCCAAGAGUUUUUAUCUCAGAGCUUCUUGUAGAUCAGAUGGGUACACAAACUCAGGAUAUAAUUAGGAAAUACACUGAAAUAUCUAGUGGUGGAAAUAAGCACGCAGCUCUUGCAAGUGCAAUCGGAUCUCUAACAUGGGGAAAACCCAUAUAUUCUGAAUUCCAACAAUUGGCAAGGGAAAGUGAAUAUGCUGCAUGGACCCUUGUCAAUGGGUACGCACUGAACCAUGCUACUAUUUCGACUCAUCGACUAAAAUCUCACUUGAGAAAUAUCAAAAGUCUAAAUCAGUUUAUUGAAGACAAUGGAUUCAAGUUGAAUUCCGAAGGGGGAGUUCUGAAAGUGAGCCCUGACGGCCUUCUGCAGCAAAGUUCAACUGUAGCAGAUUCGGUUUCUUUCCAAUUUUCUGACGGCAUCACUGAUUUAGUUCCCUGUUCAUACAUUGAGUUUGCUGAACGUUUGGUGCUACCUCAGUAUACAAAUAUACCUGAGAGAGAGGUUAAAGAGUUCCACAGGAGAGAUGGAUUCGAGGUUGGCAAUGCUGACAAGAUCUUUGAGAGCACAUCCAAGGAGCAGCUGACCAGGAAAGCUGCAUGAGAUGCAAAACCAACUUCUUGCUGGAGGUUCCAUCAAAGGUGGCCUUCGAGUCUGAGAUGUUAAUGAAUACCAUAUAUUUUCCCAAGUUCAAAAGGUUGAAUCAUGUACCGUUGGUUUGCUUCUGAUAAUAAGGAGGACAGUAAGUUUGUAAAUUGAAUGGUUUCCUUUCGAACUGUAUAGAGCCUAUGUAAGCGCCUAUGCAAGGCUUUCGCAUCGUCA